AUGUCUGUCGAGCUGACACCGCUUCGCGCCAUGCUCGAUAGCAUUCACGACGACUUGCCUACCCAACGCGAUCACAACGCUUAUGUACUGGGAGAAUUGGGGAAACACAAUGUGGUGAUUGCGGUUUUGCCCUGCAUUGGAAACAAUGUUUCGGGAGUUGCUGCAAACCAGAUGUUGCACGACUUCCCAUCAAUUCGAUUUGUCUUAUUGGUGGGAAUCGGCGGAGGUGUCCCUGGGAAUCAAGAGACGGAAGAUAUUCGACUAGGGGAUGUUGUGGUCAGCCAGCCAACUGAUACAACGGGAGGUGUAAUUCAAUUCGACAGGGGUAAACGUCAUUGCGGUGCCUAUUUUGAGCGGACAGGCUGUCUGAACAAGCCUCCAGCCUUUCUGAGCGCAACAGUCGAGAAGCUGAAGGCACAGCAUCGGCAAGAAGGAAAUCAGAUGGGAAAGUUCGUGUCGGACAUGCUCAAGCGAAAUCGGAACCUAUGCGGAAAGUAUAGGUUUCCUGGACGAGAGCGAGAUCAGCUCUUUGAGUCUGAGUACGAACAUGCGGGAGCCGAAACAUGCCAGAAUUGCGACGCCACAAGAGUAAAACGACGUGAGGACCGUGCGGAAGAUCAACCCAGAGUGCAUUACGGCACGAUUGGUUCUUCGAGCUCUGUCAUCAAGGACGCCAUGGAGCGCGACAAACUGAAACAAAAGUAUAAGAUACUUUGUAUUGAGAUGGAGGCUGCUGGGCUAAUGGAUGCCUUUCCGUGCCUCGUCAUCCGAGGUAUCUGCGACUAUGCCGAUUCGCAUAAGAACAAGGAAUGGCAACCAUAUGCUGCCGCUGCCGCUGCAGCGUACGCAAAGGAGCUGCUUCUAGCCAUUCCUGCACAAAUGCCGCCGAUCCCUCCUGUCCUCUACACACCCUCUCCAGCAAACCACGGCGAUGCCGAGCCUAAUCCCAGAAAUGAUGAUACAACACUCGAUAAGCAGAGCAGAUAUCAAAGGCUUCUUCAAUGGUUGACUUUUGUGCGGAUGGAUGCACGUCUUCGCAACAUCACCGACGCUUUGCCGCAGACAUGUAAGUGGCUUUUCAAAGAGGAGAAAUUCAAGAUGUGGAUUGAGCGUAUCGAGAUCGAAGACCACCUUGGGUUUCUCUGGAUCAAAGGAAAGCCCGGGUCUGGCAAAUCGACAAUAAUGAAAGAGGCUCUCAAAACAGUAAAACGAAGCCAUCCCGAAGAAAUUAUUGUCUCUUAUUUCUUCAACGCACGAGCACCAGGCCAUUUGGAGAAGUCAAGUGUUGGCAUGUAUCGCUCACUGGUCCAUCAGAUUCUUCAAUCUUGUCCCCAUUUUCGAGGCCAUUUCACCGAAAUGUUUACAGCAAAAGAUCGAGAGGGCGUCAUUGACGACUGGACCCCUGCAGAACUACAAGGAUUCUUAAACGACGUUGUGGAGAACUUAGAGAACCGCUCUCUCAAUAUAUUCAUAGAUGCUCUCGACGAAGGGGAUGAGAACGACGUGCGUUUGCUUAUCGCUUUUCUAGAAGAUCUAAGUGUGAGGGCAGCCACAUCCGGCACAUCGGUGAGGAUAUGUCUCUCCAGCCGCCAUUACCCGUACAUUAGCAUCCGGAAAGGACUUUCCCUCGUCAUGGAGGACCAAGACGGACACGGAAAUGACAUUAAGACAUAUAUAAGACGCAAGCUCAUUGGCGACGAAGAUCCCGAGUACGAAACACUGAGAGACAAAGUAUACCGAAAAUCAUCCCGGGUGUUCUUAUGGGUUUUCCUGGUCAUACCAAUACUCAAUCAAUUGUACGGACGCGGUCAGCCUGAAGCGAUGGAGAGACGUCUUGAAGAGAUCCCAGAUGAUUUAGAUGAUCUUUUCGCCCAAAUUCUGGCGAAGAAUUCCGAGAAUAUCGACUCAUCUAUUUUGCUCCUACAAUGGGUUCUUUUCUCGAAGCGGCCGCUGAGUCCGCCAGAACUGUAUCUUGCGGUUCAGUCAGGAAUAGAUCCCUCAGUCAUCGAAGGGACUUGCAGUUUGCCAAAGGAAAUGUUGGAACGGUACCUUCUCAAUUGCUCUCGUGGACUCACGGAAGUCACGAGGACAAACCCACCUUUGGUACAGUUUAUCCAUGAGACGGUUCGAAACUUUCUCAUUCAAGGGAAUGGCCUGGCAAAGGUCGACCAGAGGCUGGCCGGAAACGUCGAAGGGAUCAGCCAUGAACGACUCUAUACAGCUUGUUUACGAUUUUUCGAUCGCUGUCUGUCAUUAAAUCAGAACAACCAGCUUAGCGGCGUUCCAGAACGCAUAUUUCGGCCAGGAGAUGCUCAAUGGAAUUUCCGUUUCUCAGAUUAUGCGGUCAACUUCCUGUUUUGGCACGCCGAAAUCUCUGAAGCCAGUGGAAUCCCACACCGAGAAUUUCUGAGACGAUUUCAAGGCAAUGAUUCUACUGACCUUCAGGAGUGGAUCCAAUAUCGCAACUCUUUCCAGCGUUAUCAAGUACGUAACUAUACUCCGACAGCGAAUCUGAUAUACAUUCUGGCUGAGCAGGGCUUCGCCAAUCUUGCAAAAGUGUUGAUCGAUGACAAGGUUAAUGUCAACGCUCGUGGGGAACGUUACGGGAACGCACUACAAGCAGCCUGUGCCGGAGGCCACAAGCAGAUGGCACAACUUCUUAUUGACAGCGGAGCGAGCAUCGACGCUAUCGGUGGGGAACAUCGUCAUGCACUUUGUGCAGCGAUACAUCACAAGCAUGAAUCUAUCAUGGAAUUACUGCUAGGCACUGGCAUACUACCACCUGUUGAGACUCUUGAAAAACGACUUUUCAUAUCAAUUGCUCGUGGGUAUGUAUACGGAGCGGAAACCCUCCUCAGAGCUGGCGUCUCGACGAGAUGUACAAACAACCGCGGCGAAUCACCUCUCUACCUGGCAGCGCAAAAGAAUAAGCUCGCGGUAGUCGAUCUUCUCAUACAGAAGGGUGCCGAUAUCAAUGCCCAAGGUGGCCACUCUGGUAAUGCACUACAGGCGGCAAUAGCUUGUGGCCACGAGCAGGUGGCGCGGCUACUGAUUGAGAAGGGUGCCGAUGUCAAUGCCCAAGGUGGCUACUAUGGUAAUGCACUACAGGCGGCAUCAGCUGGGGGCCACGAGCAGGUGGCGCGGCUACUGAUUGAGAAGGGUGCCGAUGUCAAUACUCAAGGUGGCUUCUAUGGUGAUGCACUACAGGCGGCAAUAGCUCGUGGCCACGAGCAGAUGGCGCGGCUACUGAUUGAGAAUGGCGCAAAUACUGAGAAGUCGGCCACCUCUGUUUAG